AUGGCAGCUACUAUGAAGGAAGCUGCAGAAGAUGUCAACAUUACUUUUGAAGAUCAACAAAAGAUAAACAAAUUUGCAUGGAAUGUGAGCAGAAUCACAGAGGUAAAGGGAGAAAUAAGUAAAAAACAGCUCCAAAAUUUAGAAGAUACAUGUGAUGACAUCAUGCUUGCAGAUGACUGCUUAAUGAGAUUCUAUCAAAUUGCAGGUGUUUUCAUUAGCCAUUCUCAAGAAGCCCACGAAAUGUUAGAAGACACAAAGGAAAGCUUGCAAGAAGACAUUAACACCUUAGACUCCAGAGUGAAGUCAAUUCAGCAGGUGUUAGCAGAUGUGAAAGUUGAGUUAUAUGUGAAAUUUGGCAGCAACGUAAACCUGGAAGCUGAUGAAAGUUAA